AUGGGCAAUGUCGCCAGCCGUCUCGAUGAUGCUGGGAACUUGUUCUUCAAGGACCAAAAUCGCUUUUCCAAGCCCUGCGACGGAGCUGACAAACUCCGUGCCUCGUCAGUGUCCAUCGCCGCCGUCACCAUUAGCAACUCCCGCCGCCACUUGUUGACGCUAUCCCCGAAUGCGUUCCCGGCCGCCAGGUUUAUUGCGAAGAGGGAAUCCGGUGACGAGACUCCGAUCGAAUAUAUUCAGGACCCCGAUGCCCCUCCAAGCGCGCCAGUCCCGACGUUCUUGCUGCGUCUAUCGAAUGACGAUGAACUCAUCUUCAACUUCACCUUCGUUCUCCGCCAAACACAAACGGGAAACGUUGCUGGUUCUACGGUGAAUGGCGUCUCGACAUCGCUACCCGAGGUGGUGGACACCGUUCUCACAGGACUCACUUUCGCCCACGCGUCCAACUCGAAAGAACUAGAUAAUCUCAUCACGAGGGAGUUCCACGCGAAUCCCAACUUACAGAAUAAUUCCAACGUCCAGCUCAUCGGAAAUUACUCCACCGAAGGCACCCCCUCCGUGUCGUUUGAUUGGUCUUGGAGAUGGAAGCCCCCCAAGGUUACAGAGGACAAGGGUGGUGGCUGGCGGAACAGCUGCAGUUUCUUGGAUUACGACCAGAAAACGAAUCGUCUGAAUACCCUUGCACAUUUCUCCUUUUGGGUACAUAAUACCGUUCGUCCGCUUCCCAGCCCGCUUCUAUCCUCGCCCAACCUGGAGUUGCCCGUGCUGCCGUCACGCAACCGCGUCCCCUCCACCCAAUCCGCCAUUUCGCAUUUCAGCGACAGCGAUGCUGUUUCGACCUCCAACGUCCCGGUCACUACCCCUCCCGAAUCCGCAGACGGUCCUCCUUCACUACCACUACCACCACCCGUUCCAGCUGCGGCCCCGCCCCUACCGCCCGUGAAAGUCGACCUGCUACAUUCUCGCCCAGGAGACGAUGUGAGUGUCGUGGAGGAUGGCCCGCUAUUCCGUGCCACUAUGAAGGCGUUGGAGCAGAAGACUGGGAGUAUGCGUGCAAAAAUAAAGAAAGUCCUUAAAAAGGCCGAGGCUGCUCAAACCGCACAAGUAGCCUGCAACGAGUCUAUGGAAGCCUUUUUGAGCUCCUUGAAUGAUGCGUCAACCCUGCACUGGAUCACUACUUCGAAAAAAAUCGCCCGGCAGAUUCAGAACUACGAGCAGAUUAAUACGAUACAGCUGCAGAAGCUCGUCAUUGAACCACUCAUCAAGCUCUACACUAACGACAUCAAACAAGCCGAGUCGAAGAAGAAGGACUUUGACGAGGAGAGCCGCGAUUACUAUGCUUAUGUCAGCCGAUACCUCGGCCAGCGACAAGAUUCUCUCAAGGAGAAGAAACGAGCUGAAAGUGAUUCGAAGUAUCAGGUUAAGCGUCGGAACUUCGAGCUGAAGCGUUUCGAUUACUCUUCUUUCAUGCAAGAUCUGCACGGUGGCCGCAAGGAACAAGAGGUUCUCUCGCAUCUGACUAAGUAUGCAGACUUCCAAGCCCAAGCUUUCUUGGCAGCCGCCCAGAAGGUUGAAGAAAUGGCUCCUCAAUUAAACGCCCUAGUGCAUGAGGUCAACCAAGCGGACAAGGAAUUCCAGUUUCAAAGAUCUGAACGAGAGGAAAAGCGAAGGGCCUUGGAGAAGAAUAGCAACCCUUACAUGGAGCCCGAUGUCGUUGCUGGCGCUCCCUCGAACAUUGCAUCGACAUCAUCAACCGCCGUUACCGCCCCCGCUGCUAACAAAGGCGCCGCCUCUGGUGAAGUAGACUUAGGUCGAGCGGAUAGUACUAGCUCGCAGCUCCGUGGGGUGAUCAGCAACAGUUCUUCUGUUUCGUCUCAAGCCAACGCGGGAUCAGUCGGCUCGGCUACAGGAACCUCGGCACCUACUGCGAGCAACAACGCCGCUGGUGCACAGAAUCAGAAUCGCUUCAAGGGCAUCCGAGAUCUUGAAGAGCGAGACAGCCUUGGAUCUGAUCGCACUGCUGGCCAGCAACGGAAAGAAGGUCUCCUGUGGGCGUUGUCUCGCCCUGGUUCGCAUAUGGAUCCGAAGGGUAUCAACAAGCAGGCGUGGCACAAGUUCUGGAUUGUUUUGGACCAAGGGAAGCUUUCAGAGUAUAGUAAUUGGAAGCAAAAACUAGACCUCCACAUGGAACCCAUUGAUCUGCGAAUGGCCUCUGUCCGCGAAGCCAGGAACGCAGAGCGACGCUUCUGUUUUGAAGUCAUUACGCCUCAGUACAAACGCAUAUAUCAAGCCACCUCGGAGGAGGACAUGGCAAACUGGAUCCGGUCUAUCAAUAAUGCACUUCAGAGUGCAGUGGAAGGCCAGGGGAUGCCGCCACCCCCGCUUUCGUCCAAGAAUGAGUCUUCUAGCGGCCGUGACAUUGGCUCGGUCUUGACAGGCAAGAGUUCCUCUGUCUCUGGUCACCAUUCUUAUUCAAAUAGCUCUAGCACCAGCGCCAGCGGUGUCAGUCGCCGCACAACGGUUGGAGCUCGGCCCAGCUACGUGAGAAACGACAGCAAUAGUUACGAGGAGAACCCCUCCCGCUUGCUGCAGGUUGUUCGCGAGGCCGACGAGGGCAAUAACUGGUGUGCCGAUUGUGGGUCUUCCUCGAAGGUGGAAUGGGUAUCCAUUAACCUUGGUAUCAUACUGUGCAUCGAGUGCAGCGGUAUCCACCGAUCUCUGGGAACUCACAUUUCCAAGAUCCGGUCGCUCACACUCGAUGUCCAUUCAUUCUCGAACGAUAUUGUGGAAAUCCUCUUGCAGAUCGGUAACCGUGUCAGCAACAUGAUCUGGGAGGCCACACUGGACCAGUCGCAAAAGCCGAUUGCCAGCUCAACCCGCGAGCAACGGCUCAAGUUCAUUACGGCUAAAUACGUUGAACGAGCACACGUCGAGAGCCUGCCGUCCACACGCUCCCGCUUUGCAACUCCCGAUGAGACACUCUUGGCAUCCAUCAAGAAGAAUGAUAUACAAGGCGUACUUUAUGGCAUUGCCUUGCGUGCCAACGUGAACGUGGCCGAUCGGUCUCGCAACACCCACGCCGUGUUCCUGGCCCUUGCAGCCGCCGAACCGGCCUCCCCAGGCUCCAUUCCAACCACCCUCUCCGCUCGCUCCAGUGCAAAGGCCAUUCCUUUCCCCAUCGCCGAGCUGCUGGUCCAGAACGGCGCGGAAAUUCCCCCGGCACCUCCUUCCAUUCCCCUUUCCCCCGCCGCACAGCUGUACAUCAGCCAGCGCACGGCCCGUACAUCUGCCUUUAGUGCUCCCGGGCUGGGUAAGCCCGCCGUCAGUGACACGUUAGGCUCGCUACCCACCAUUCGCGCCUCCAGUAAGGAUGGUGCUGUCUCGUCUGCAUCACAGAGCUCCACUAGCUCCUUGGAUACCAAGGAGAGAGAAGCUGUCUAA